AUGACUGGAAAGCAAGGUCGACCAUCUUUCCUCACACAUCUCGCCCAUCUCGAUGUGAAGAUAUCCCCGGUCUACGCCCCCGGCCUGCGCAGGGAAACCUUCUGGCGCUUCGUCGCACACCUGUGCCCUGAACUCGAAGUCCUGAGACUACUCACCGCGUCCACCGACCGCUGCGACCAGGACCCCAACUUCGUAGCGGAGCAGGAGGAUGAUUUAGGGGAGGACUGGUGGCAGCUGGAGGACCUGAUUCCCCUGCGGAGCCUGCUCAGGAGCAUGAGAGACCCCGGAGGCGGUGACGCGGUAGAUAUUUUCUCCUCCGUCAGGACCUUCGAGCUCUGCCUGAUGGACUCGAUCUGUCGGCGGGACAUGACGCACUGGGCUGAGAUGCAGGAGGGCGCGAUAG